CCCUUCCCUCCCUUGAGAAGCUUCUCCCCAGGGCCCAGCCCAGUUGGCAAGAAGGAAGCAGCUGCUCCGGACCCACUCAGGUGUGUCUCCCUUCCAUCCCUCCUCCAGCAACAGCUACCUGGAGACUGACCCAUCGUCGGCGCGUAGCCACCCCUGCAGCCGCCUCUAAGAUGUGCCCCGGUAACUGGCUCUGGGCCUCCAUGACUUUUAUGGCCCGCUUCUCCCGGAGCGGCUCAAGGUCUCCUGUUCGCACUAGAGGGGCCCUGGAGGAGAUGCCAGAUGUUCAACAUCCCUUCCUCAAUGUCUUUGAGUUGGAGAGGCUGCUCUACACAGGCAAGACCGCCUGUAACCAUGCCGAUGAGGUCUGGCCGGGCCUCUACCUCGGAGACCAGGACAUAGCUAACAACCGCCGGGAGCUCCGUCGCCUGGGUGUCACCCACGUCCUCAAUGCCUCACACAGCAGGUGGCGAGGCACGCCCGAGGCCUACGAGGGGUUGGGCAUCCGCUACCUGGGUGUUGAGGCCCAUGACUCGCCAGCCUUUGACAUGAGCAUCCACUUCCAGACGGCUGCUGACUUCAUCCACCGGGCGCUGAACCAGCCGGGAGGAAAGAUCCUGGUACACUGCGCCGUGGGAGUGAGCCGAUCCGCCACACUGGUACUGGCCUACCUCAUGCUGUACCACCACCUCACCCUCGUGGAGGCCAUCAAGAAAGUCAAGGACCACCGAGGCAUCAUUCCCAACCGGGGCUUCUUGCGACAGCUCCUGGCCCUGGACCGCAGGCUGCGGCAGGGUCUGGAGGCCUGAAGGGAGGGGAUAGGGGGUCAGGCCAGGUGCAUUUGGCCCUGGCUCCCAGCUGGAGGGAGGAGGCCCAGAUACCCCAUCUUCCCCUG